AUGACCAACAGUUCCUUCCCUCGUGGCCCGCCAGGCGCGGACAACAAGACCUCAGAGUUGACUUUGGAUCUCGAACAGACCUCACCCAACAACUCGAAAUCAGUGCCGAUCACAGAACCACCACCAACAGCCUCCAUUUCCAGAGGCAGCACCACAGACCCGACCCCAAAAGACAUCAAACCCAAAAUGCCAGAAACCGCCGCCUCGCGAAAGGCCCAAGUCGUCCCACUCUUAGAUGGCCACGAUGACCCUGAACCUAGCAGCAGUAACGCAAGCAGCAGCCGACCAUCAGAUGAAAAUCACCACCACCAAUCCUCCUCCAUCGACUCCCUCACCCCUCUAACCCCCCGUGUGAUCCCCCCCUCUUACCAUCACCACGAAGACCCCAACUUCGCAGAAGACGAUACCCUCAUGACGGGAAAAUACGCCCUCCGAUCCUGGCUCACCGUCUUCGGCGCCUGGUUGGCCAUUUUCUCCUCCUUUGGGCUUUUGACCGUGUUGUCGAUAUGCCAGAGCUAUCUGUCGGGGGAAAACGAGCAAGUGGCGAGCAUCAGCGACGGCACCUUCGCUUGGGUUUUCUCUCUCUACUUUGUGGUUAGUUUGGGUUUGGGGAUGUACGUGGGCCCGUUGUCGGAUCGGUUUGGGGCGCGGUAUAUGGUCUUGAGCGGGACCGUGUUUUUGGGGGUGGGAUUGGUGGUGCUGGCUUGUAGGAGUGAAACAUGGGCCAUUCUCCUUGCCUUCGCCAUCCUUUCCGGCCUAACAUCCACCUUCCUCUUCAUCCCCUCUCUCGUCACCAUCCACCAAUUCUUCGGCCGCUCUCCGGAAUACUACACCUUUGCGACCAGCCUUGCCACCACCGCCGGUCCCACGGCCGGCAUCGUCUUCCCUUAUGCCACUCGAAACCUCUUUCACGAGGUCAGUUGGCCAUGGACUAUCCGCACGCUAGGACUCAUCUACUUCUUCCUGGCCGUCAUCGCCAACUUCUUGAUCCGCUCUCCUCCUUCUGUGAGAUCACCUGCCCCUUCGGUACCGACAUCUCCUACUUUAUCUUCGCCGGGGAAGAAGGGGAAGAAGCCAGGCUCAGCUGAUUCUACCACGUCUAUGGCUGGCGGCCCCUCCUCAUCAACAUCAGCAUCAGCAACCCCCUCCUUGACAGCAACAACAAGUGGCAAACCCAGCAGCACGAUCCACUCCUCCCUAACCCCCUUCUUCUUCUCUCCUUCUUACACCCUCCUCUUCCUCUCUCUCCUACUAAUCCACCUCUCAAUCUACACAACAACCACCUACCUCUCCGCCACUUCUCUUUAUUCCCAAGGCUACUCCUUCUCCUCCACCUUCCGCACCACCACUCUUGUAGUCAACAUUUCUUCCAUUUUUGGCCGCCUUCUCGCCGGACUCCUAUCUUCCGGUUUUCCCUUUUUCCCCUCCUCUUCCACCACGCAUCUCAAAUCCAAAUCCAAAACCGGCGGGAGAGGACUCGGCCCCUUCAACACAACCAUCCUCUUCUCCCUCCUCGCCACACUCACCCUCCUAGCAAUCUUGCUACCGCCCCUCCUGCAUCCAGGACGAACAGGCAUGUCUCCUUCGCGAUUCACUGCCUUUGCUGUUCUCUUUGGUUUAUCUAGCGGUGCGGUUCUGGGGGUGGAACCUGUUUUGGUUUCUUCUCUUGUCUGCGCCACUGCCACCACCAACAAGAACGAGAACAAGAAUAAGAACAACAACAGAAAUGAUGGAUUCGGGCAGUUCUUCGGCAGUUUAUACACCUUGAUUAGUCUGGCGAGUAUGGCUGGGAUACCUAUCGGUGCGCACCUCGUCACUGCCUGUCGGGGACGAUACUGGGGAUUGGUGGUGUUUGUGGGUGUUACGUUUGGGGUGGGGAUGGUUGGUUUGGUAUUUGUUCGUCGUAGCGUUGUUCUUGAGAUGAGUAGUGUGAUGAAGGGCUCGGAGGCUGAGGUAGCGGCAGCGGCUGCGGCUGCGGUAGUGGGAGAGGGAGAUGAUGGCUUGAGAAGAUUCCAGGUUAGGAAGCUGUUGAGUGUGAAGGGGUGGUGGAAGGAGAAAAAGACUUGGAGGGAAAUGGGGGGUAGAGUGCGGAGGAGUUGGGCAGGUUGGGGGUUGGAGAGGAUUUGA